AUGGAUUAUUUACAAUAUUUCGAUAUCUUUGAUGAAAUCGACCGUGAGGAACCACCAAGAAAAAGAAAAAUUUACAAAAAACGUUUCGAUCCCCUUAUUCUACAAGAUAAAGAAUUUCGAAUGAAAUAUAGAUUCAGUAAAGUAUAUAUGAGAAAAAUAGUUGACUUAGUUCAACGUAACAUCGAACUACAAGCUAGUGGCGGCGGGCUGUCUGUAGAACUUCAGGUAUGUACUGCUCUCAGAACGUGGGCUAGGCAAGAAGUUCAAGAUGAUGCAGCAGACAUUCAUGGACUUAUCCAACAGUCCAUCACGAAUAUAUGCCGAAGAGUAGCUCUUGCUUUGGCAAGUAAAGCGGCGGAAUUUAUGCGCAUUUAUACGCAUGCCUAG